AUGGCAGAAGACUAUGUGGUGGCCACGCAGCAGACGAUAGGCACUCUCAUUUCCAAGCCGAAGAUGGCUGACAAGUACCUCAAAAAGCCGCCCUUCAGGUUUCUGCAUGACCUCGUCAUGGAGGUUACGCGAACCACAGGCUUCGCCCAAGGACUCUAUAACACGGAGGAGAGCGAUGCAGAGCAGCUUAAGGAGAAGGGUGCCAAGCUGGACUUCCUGAACAAAGCCAUCAGCGCGACCUGCUUUGCCCUUGGCGAGACCAUUGACGUCUCUGCGAGCAAGAUUGUGGCCGGACUGGAGCCAGAGAAGACAAACGCAUGGCUUGUCAAGCUCCAUCAGGCUGCCACCAGCUGCGUCGGCGAGAAGUCCGAAGCAGCGGUGCAGCGCGUGCUGAGCGGCGAACUCAUCGGCGCAGCCAAGGAGAAGAAGAAGAAGCCUAAGGAAGAGGGCGCACCAGGCGCACCUCCACCUCCACCCGAGGGCCCGGCUGAGGAAGCCCCAGCAGCACCUUCGGCCGAUGAUGAAGCCAAGAAAGAGGAGGAGCGCAAGAGGCGAGCUGAGAAGAAAAAGCGUGAGGAGGAAAGGAAGCGCAAGGAGGCCGAGGCUGCAGCCGCUGCUGCAGCCGCUGCAGAACCUGAGCAGCCUCCCCCUGAACCCCCAGCCCCUCCACAAGACGACGAAGAGGAGAGGAAGAAAGAAGAGAAGCGUCGAAAGGAGGAGGAGCGCAAGCGUCGCAAGGAGGAAGAGAAGCGGCGAUUGCAGGAGGAAGAGCAGCGCCGGCAGGAGGAAGCAGCGGAGGCAGCGCGUGAGGAGGAGCGCCGAGCAGCCGAAGAGGCCCAAGCCGCCAUGGCCCACGCGGGCAUGCAAGAUGACGGCUUUCAGGAUGCCCCGCCUGCUCCGCCGGGUGCCCUCUCAGAAGGUCCGGCUUCCGGGCCAGAUGAGAUCGCCCAGCGUGCUCAGGAGAUGCUUGCACAACAGAGGGCCGCAGACGGCCGGCCACGCACAGCCGGACGCAAGCCUCCCAAAGUAACCUCCAAGGUUACCACCACCGAGCAGUCAACCGCUCCGACAAACGUGCCGGCGCCAGUGGUAAUAACCGAGGGUGCAGCAGAGGAGGAGGAGGACAUGUUCGAAGCGGGCGGAGCUCCGCCGGGGGCCCCGCCUCCCCCACCGCCUCCAACAGAUGACGGAGGGCAGCACGGCGCCCUGGUCAGCGAUCUCCUGGCAGAGAAGCGAAAAGAGGAGGAGCGAGAGAGGCUCAAGAAGGAAGAGGAGGACACUCGCGAGGAGUUUGAUGACGGCACCAAGGGCAUCAAGAUGAAGCUCCGCCGGAAGAAGGACACCGGCAGUGCUAUGGUCGAAGUGGAUCCUGUUAAGCUCGGCGAGGCUAUCCAAAGCUUGUGCCAAGCAGCCAACCCUCUUGGCAAAUCGAUCGAUCUGGUGCACCAGGACAUUGCCAACAUGGGGAAGGAGCUGGACCAUUGGAAGCAGGAGUACCGUGAAGCGAGUGAGGCCUACGGCCAACAACUCAAGAUGACAGAGGAUCUUUUGCAACCGCUCUACCAGAAGAUCGCGGAACUAGACGACAAGAUUGCAGAGCAGCAAGCAAAGAUCCGAAACAGCAGAUCCCGCAUCUCCAAGAAUGACUUGAAAGUCCAGCAGCUGCUGGAGUCUGUGGUUAUGGUGAGAUAG